AUGUGUGUCCUAAGGUUCACACUUCUUUUUCUUUUAAUAUACAACAGUGUGUUAUGUCAAGCCAUUGUUGCAGAAUCGCCUUGUUUUAUCGACAUCCAUGCAGAAAAUUAUGAUGAUGUUGGAAGUGUUGAUCGAGGUUUGGUCGCACACAACGCUCAUAUACACGAUAGGUGUUACGACAAAGUCCCUGAUGCAAGCAAGAAUGUGAUGGGACUAUCUUCACAAACCACAUGUUAUGUGCCUCAUUAUCUCUUUUACAAAGUUCAUGAAAGUUCUUAUGUAUCUAGGUGUGGGCAAUGUGUAGAACUCAAAGGACCAAGUCUUAAAAUAGCGCACUGUGUUGUUUCUGGGUCGUAUAUGAUCAAUGAAGGAGUCACUGAUUUAAAUACAAUAAAGUAUUAUAAUAACACUAUCAUAGUUGAAAACAGUCUCUUCAUGAUGCUCUCUGGCUUUCUAGAAAAAAAUGAAGGGACUGUACUUCCUGUUGUAUUUAGAAUGGUUGACUGUUUGUAUAAAACGAAUCCAUCAUUGGUUAUUACAGAACAAACAGCAACCGAGUCACAAAUAGUGUUGUUUAACACAAACAUUAUUGUACCACAUAUAAUGUUCAAUAAUACUAUAUACCACAAUCGCUUUGUUGCUGGAUUUACUAUUCCACGCCCCCAACCACUCAAUACCACAGAAGUGUACAAAAUGAAGUUAUUUAGUAACGUGGGGACAUCUGUGAUAAUCAAUUUCAAAUUCAUAAAAUCCGAGAUAUACACAUCAACAACUACUUUUCCAAUCUCUUUCGAUGAAUCAACUAAAUGUUAUUUAAGACCAGAAGCUAAUGUGAUUAUAGAGAAAGGUGUUCUAUUGAAAAAUAUGACGGAGGAUAUCACUAGAGAUGAUUACUUUAUGUGGGCUAUGGCAUUCCACCCCGAUCGAGGCAAUUUGUACCCAAACAUUCCUCUUACAAAAGAAAACCCGACUUUUACAUACACAGAUGUUAUUGGGGGAUUUUCUAUUCGAUUUCCAGCUCCACUGAGAAUAUCAGAGCACUUUGUAUUUGUUACUUUAAUCACUGAAAGUACGAAGCCAGUGUCGCCGUAUUAUCCCAAUGUCUACUCUCUUAAUGGUGACAAUUUGAAUGACUCGGAUCACUUCUUUUGUCAAAGUCUAAUGUUUGAACACGACACACAAAUGACAGCGAGUGGACUUUAUCGAUUUACUUUUAGAAUCAAUUUGGUUCUAUCAAAGUGUCAUGGAUUUUCUAAUUUCUACAUCCUCAACUUUUUGACUCAAAUUGGUAAUACAAUGACUAUUAAAGACGUUUUCUGGACGACUAAAUAUAAUAUGAAUUUCACUUAUUGUGAGUACACUUAUAGUUGUUCUGUUGGUGACGAGUGUGACCCAACAGAUUCUAAGAUAGACAGUGACACGCUCCCGCCCAAAAAUUACUCAAAAGGGUGUGCUCCAUAUUGUGGUGUCUGCCAGAUGGGAUAUGAAUGCAACAAAGCGGCUCGUUGUGUUCCAAAGACGUUUCACAACACUCGCAAUACUUCCGAUAAAGUGUUUUGUCUGCUGAUGUUGUUAAUUAUAGUGAUUUUUGUUUAUUUUAUGAAUUAG